AAUUGAAACAAAUCUAUAGAAUCUGUUAAAAAAAAAAUUUAUUUCGGUAAAAUUUACAAUCACACGAACAAAUUUGUUGCAGGAGUCGGAGUCAAGAGGAGCCAAAGCUGAAUCUGGUGCAGGACCUUACAAGCGCCUAAAAGAUUUUAGACGAAAAUGGAUACGGUGGAGAACCCAAUGGAUCUUCUGAAGAUCAACAUGAGUGUGCAUAUCCGCCGCACCGACGGAAGAGUCCAUUUGGCGGAAAUAACAGAGCUGAACUUUGAAAAAAAUUCAGUCUGCGUGAACUGGAAUGAAACUCCUGAUAUAUUGGGAAAGAAUGUGCCGGUCACGCUACUCUUGCAAACCAAUCCGUCCAUUUUCAGUCCAGCUGCUUCGGAGACGGUGGCUACGGUGGUUACUGCGAAUGAAGCCAAUAACACGGCCUCAAUUCGCCCCCGUUCGGUGGUGAACCAGGUAGCCGGCGGGAUCGAUUGGGACCUCUAUGAAACCCCCCAAUUGAAGUUAAAGAGACUGAUACGGGAGAAGAAGCAGGAGGCAAGGAGCCAGCCAGUGGAUGCAUCUGAGUCAAAGCAGCAUGAGAUCCAGGUCUGUGUCCGGAAGCGACCCCUGAACCGCAAGGAGCAGAGUGAGCUCGACGUGGUAUGUGUGGCCAACAAGGAAACACUUCUGGUGCACGAGCCGCGUUGUCAUCUGGACCUUGAGCAGUACCUGAAACCCCACACCUUCAAAUUUGAUUACGUCUUUGACGAAGAGUGCACCAAUAGCACGGUCUACCAGAACACGGCCCGUCCGCUGGUGCAGCACGUCUUCGACGGCGGUAUGGCCACAUGCUUUGCCUACGGGCAGACCGGGAGCGGCAAGACUCACACUAUGGGCGGCAAGUUCAAUAAGAAGCAGCAGAAUACCAGUGACGGCAUCUACGCCAUGGCCGCGAAAGACUUCUUCACUAUGAUCGCGACGCCGCCCUAUGCAGCCCUGCAGCUGAAGGUGUCGUGCAGCUUUUAUGAAAUCUAUGGCUCUAAGGUCAGAGACCUGCUCAUGCCGGGGAAGCCCAUCCUGCGAGUACUGGAGGAUGGCCAUCAUCAAGUCCAUGUGGUGGGCCUCAAGGAGAAGCCCGUGACGAACACUAACGAGGUGCUGGCCUUACUGGAGCUGGGCAAUAGUGUCCGCACCUCGGGCACAACCUCGGCCAACGACAAGUCCUCCCGGUCCCACGCCGUCUUCCAGAUCCUCCUGCGCACAUCGCAGAACAACCGCCUACACGGCAAGUUCUCCCUGAUCGACCUGGCCGGAAACGAGCGAGGGGCCGACAACAGCUCCACGGACAGGCAGACAAGACUAGAAGGAGCGAACAUCAACAAGUCAUUGUUGGCGCUCAAGGAGUGUAUUCGCGCCCUAGGGCGACCAACAGCAACACACCUGCCCUUUAGAAGCUGUAAGCUUACUCAGGUUUUGCGAGACUCAUUCAUUGGGGGAAAACGGAUGAAAACCGUCAUGAUCGCCAUGAUCUCUCCAGGCUGGGACUCGUUAGAACACACGCUGAACACACUGCGCUACGCGGAUCGUGUCAAGGGACUCACAGCCGAAGCGAUGCCCCUCGUCUCUGGGCAGACCUCAAUCUCCGAAGUGGAGACACACAUCCCAAGUGGAGGCUUCCAGCCAGACAUCAGCACUCCCAGUCGCGCACAGGUGCAGCUUCCUCCAGCCGAAUCGGCCAGCUCGGAGGUCAAUGCCAUGGGCCGAGUAAUGCACAAGAGCCCUGUGCGUAAGCGAAGCCGCCUCAACAAUCUUAACGUACCCCAGCGACGUCCCGCUGUCCCCUCCAACGACGUGUCACUUGACCGGGAUGAUCGGCACCCUUCUACAAUACUCCUGGACGAAUACCGCAACCUAUCGUAAGGACUCAAUCGAUUUCUACAACAAGAAUUGUUCAGACACAUACCGACGCAAUAUGGCACUUCCCCCAUAUACUCACUACAGAAAUAGACUAUCCUUUUUAGUCUCAAGUCCAAAUUAGAUGUCCAAAUUCGGUAAUAAAUAGCCUUUUGUAGGGCCAAUAUGUAGAAAGCAUAUUUUAUAAUUUUGUAUCCAUAGUUCGGCAGAUACGCUUACAAAGUACACUUAUACAGGGAAGUGCCGACAGAAAUUGUUUACACUAUCUCAAAUCAAUAAAAAAAAAAUGGAUACAAAC